CCUGCCAAAGGGCGAGACGGUGGCCGAGAGGGCUCAGAGCGGCGGACGGUGGCCGACGAGUUCGGGCAUGGAGCACCUGGAGCGCUACGCGUGGUUUCUCCGGGGGACUCUGGUGCGGGCGGCCGUGCGGCGCUACCUGCCCUGGGCGCUGGUGACUACCAUGCUGCUGGGUUCCCUCCUCAAAGAGUUCUCCCCGCUGCCAGAGAGCUACCUGAGCAACAGGCGCAACAUCCUCAACCUGUAUUUUGUCAAAGUGGCCUGGGCCUGGACCUUCUGUCUCCUGCUGCCUUUCAUCGCCCUCACCAACUACUCCCUGACGGGCAGGGCCAGCCUGGUGCUGCGGCGGCUGAGCACCCUCCUGGUGGGCACAGCUAUCUGGUACAGCUGCACGGCCAUCUUCUCCGGCAUCGAGCACUACACGGGCAGCUGCUACCAGUCACCAAGCCUGGUGGGGGAGAGGAAGGAACACCAGAAUAAGCAGCAGUGCCACGGAGAGGGAGGCUUCUGGCAUGGCUUUGACAUCUCAGGCCACUCCUUCCUGCUGACCUUCUGUGCGCUCAUGAUCGUGGAGGAGAUGGCCGUGCUGCACGAGGUGAAGACGGAUCGCGGCCACCACCUCCACACCACCAUCACCACCCUGGUGGUGGCCCUCGGUUCCCUGACCUUCAUCUGGGUGUGGAUGUUUCUGUGUACAGCUGUUUAUUUCCAUGACCUGUCCCAGAAAGUGUUUGGGACCAUGUUCGGUUUGCUGGGCUGGUAUGGGACAUACAGGUUUUGGUAUCUGAAAUCCUUUUCCCCAGGACUUCCUCCCCAGAGCUCUAGUUUGAAUUUGAAGCAAGAUAGUUACAAGCAGUAAAAGAGAAAGAAAAUGGGAUAACUACAGGACAAUGGCUAAUUUAUUUUUCUUAGUUAUUUAAUGGAAUGAUCUCUUCUACAUCAGAGAGGAAGCUUACCAGGCAGUGUGGGUGGGUGACGGUGGAGUCUGGACCAGCUCAGUCCCCAGACUAUUUUUGAUGUCUUCACCGCCAUUUCCAGUCAGGUCCUUUUUGUCCCUGCCAGACUUAAUUUGAAUCCGGACCAGCCCUUUUGUCCCCAGAGGACAGAAUCAGGAAAGUCUCUGGUGUGUUGCUGGAAAGUGGAUUAGGCCCUCGGGACUCUUUCUAUGGCCACCAUAAACUUCCUGAGUCUAGAUGUUUUCUAUCUUUAAUGGCUGUUGAGGCUGUUAUUUUGUACUAUUUCCCUCUGGCCAGUUUUUCACAAACAUUUAUUUCCAGAAGACUCUUUACCAAUCAACCUCCCAAAAGACACUGCCUGGUUGUAGUUCUUGUCUCAUCACGGAAUGUAGGAAUAUUGCAACUGACUUGUGAUCAGCUCUCCAGAGAGCUGAACUGGAAUGCCUCUGUGACUGUGUGUGGGGUGACUUCCAUGUAACAAGCACUGUCCACAGUUACAUAGUGGCUUUAGAAGCAAUAAGGUUGCCUUUUCCCCCUCCCCCUUCUACUUUGAGUGAAUGCUUUAUAGUUUUUAAUGACAACUAUAGCAUUUGUUCUUAGACAGAAAAUCUCUUGAAAAGUCACUCAGAAUUUCAGUGCUGCAUUUUUGACAGUUUGUAGACUGCCUUAAGCUUUUUUUUUCUUUUGAACACUAAUUUACUUUUCAUAACCAAAUACUUCCAGUAUUAAAAUCCACCUCACAGACUUGUUUGCUCUGUUAAGAGUAAGACUGGAAAGCAGGUAUUAUUAUAACAGUAACUUGAUUAAUUUUAUGCCAAGUCAGAUGCAUUUGCAAAAUGCAGAUUUGCACUGAAGACUUUCCUAAUCACACACAGUGGUACAGACUGAACCUGUAAGUACAUUGAUAACCUGCCAAGGUCCAAGGCAUUUUGACCAUUUGGACAAGAUUCUGACAGAAGUGAAGGAAAAUGUCUUCCAUUGACUUUGAUAGCGAGACACCAGCCUGUUUGCAAAAAUAUCCUUCUUGAAUAGUGGCCUGCCUUUGGCCCCCACCCUCUUCUCACUUGCACCACCGGUAAAACCAAACCAAACCUGGAUCUAUUCAGCUGACUUUACAUUCAAUAUUUUCUCCCCCCCCCCCUUUUUUAAGCACUUCUCAACUACCAAACUUGUCAUCCUGUGACCUUCACUGUGAGGGUGCUGGGAAGGGUUAACAAUCUUGAUCACCUUCAUACCUAGAAAGCUCAGUUACAUGCUCUCCUCCACUUCCUCCCACUCUUUCAAACCAAGUCCCUUGCAUUUGGGGUAAUCAUUGAGACUUCUGUGCCUCCCCACUCCCACCCCAACCCCCACCAGCCUGGUAAUUGCAAUAGCUGGUAAAUACUACAUUUGACUGGCUUAAUCAAGCAAAGGUUGUUAGGAACUUGAGGUCUGGAAACUCUUCAGGGCGAACUGCAUUUGUAUAAUGAUAUAUUUAAAAUACCUAGUUCUAUGGGUUGUAAGUUAACUUGUAUUAAAAUGUGUGUAGAUGAUAUGCUGUACCCAGAAGUGGCAGGAAUACAUGCAGUGAAACUUCAGAGGUGUCACUGAAUCCUCUGAGAUCACUGGCAGAAUGUGAAGGCCCCAUGAGACAGUAUCUUGCCCUCUGAAGUUUAUAGUGCUAAAAAACAAUAUUUAUAAGUUGAGAGAGCUAGUUGGUUUUAGUCAUGAGUCUAGAAGCAGCCCAUCCAAUAAGUAGGAAGGUAGGUAUUGGAAGGGCUAGCACAAAAUGGAUGGCUUUAUAUAUAAAUCUGAAAGAGGAUGGGACAUAGCUAUUAGUUAAAGAAAAAAAAAUUAUUUCAGGUAAAGCCACCUUCUGAGGAAGGCAGGGGCUGUCUAAUAUGCAAAUGAUUUUACUUGUGUUGAUCUGGGCACUAGAUUGAUUCCUUUAAGGUUAUGCUUUUGGGAGAGGUCGAAACUGCUCUUGAAUUGGGUUCUAAGUCUGGGUGGAGCCCAGUAUGAGCUCCAUUUUGGAGGCUUUUAAACCUCAAUGGGAUUGGGCUAGCUGUGUGUUGGGGCAGUGGGGAAGGGAGGUGUGCUUGUUGAAUGUGUUAAAAUCUUGUCAUGUUUCAUGUUUAGUGGUGAAAGGCAACAGACACAAGAUGCCUUGAGAAGUCCUGUAUGUCACUGUGAAGUCUCCAGACAUUUCUGUUAUGGAUCUGAUUCAGGCUCAGCAUUAAAUUGUCAGCUCCCC